AUGGCAUACAUUAUUGCCGUCAAUGCUUCGGUCCUGUCCCAAACUGGUGGAACUUGCGAGUGCAAUCUGGCAGACAAAUUCCAAUGCGAUACUAUCUCUGACUUUGUGGACUGCAAAGAAGAGGUUCGCAGAGACUUGAUUACAGCUACGGCAGCUCUAGCCGGUCUCUCGACUUUGUCCUUUGGCUUGUUUACCAACCUUCCUGUCGCUCUUGCUCCAGGCAUGGGGCUUAAUGCCUAUUUUGCUUUUCAGGUCGUUGGCUACAACGGCAGCGGUGCCAUCUCCUACCGUACCGCCCUAACUGCCGUCUUCUUCGAAGGUAUUAUCUUCAUGUUUCUCGCCCUGACGGGCAUGCGUCAGUGGCUCGUCAGGCUCGUCCCAGCCACCAUCAAGACUGCCACUGGAGUUGGAAUCGGCUUCUUUCUCACUGAAAUUGGACUUUCUUACACGUCUGGUAUUGGUGCCAUCACGGGUGGCGGCACAGCGACCCCUCUUAGCUUGGGCGGUUGCCCUCCUGAUAUGAUUAAUGCAGUGACAGGAGCAUGCAAUGGAGGCCAGAUGACGAAUCCAACUAUGUGGCUCGCCAUAUUUUGUGGUGGCAUCGUCACAGCCUUUCUUAUGGCUUUUAGGGUCAAGUAUGCCCUGGUCAUUGGCAUUGCCCUUGUCUCCAUCAUCUCAUGGCCUCGCAAUACUCCUGUGACCUAUUUUCCCAACACUCCCGAGGGUGACUCUCGCUUCUCCUUUUUCAAACAAAUCGUUGCAUGGCACCCUCUAUCCAAGACGCUCAACCAGCUUGACUGGGGCUUCGAUACCGCCAGCACAACGCACUUUGUUCUUGGCCUCUUUACGUUCCUCUAUGUCGACAUAAUCGACGCCACUGCCACGCUAUACUCCAUGGUCCGUUUCUGCGGCGUUGUUGACCCCAAAGAUGGCGACUUCCCUCGCUCAACCAUCGCUUACUGCACCGACGCGGCAUUCAUAUCCAUCGGAUCUCUGUUUGGAUGCUCCCCCAUCACGGCCUUCAUUGAGAGCGGUGCGGGUAUCGCUGAGGGUGGACGUACCGGCCUCACGGCGGUGGUUGCGGGACUGUGCUUUAUCAUCUCGAUCUUCUUUGCUCCUAUAUUUGCUUCAAUUCCUCCGUGGGCUACGGGAUGUACCCUCAUCUUGGUUGGGUGCAUGAUGGCUCGCCAGAUUACGCAAGUCAAUUGGCGUUAUAUUGGCGAUGUUUUGCCUUCGUUUGUUGUCAUGGCGUUUAUUCCGUUCAGCUACAGCGUUGCUUAUGGGCUCAUUGCUGGUCUUUUUGUUUACACUACCCUCAACGGCCUCAUUGGCCUAGUCGUUCUCCUUUCGGGCCAUCGUAUCGAGCCUCGUGAAUACGAUCUCAAAGAGUACUGGACCUGGAGAGGUACGGGUCGUGCACCAUGGUUCGUCCGAGCCAUGAGAAAGAGCAACAGUCGCGGUCCAGCUCCUUCAGAUGAUGAACACAAUAAUCACAGUGACACUACCGCCACCUCGUCUGUUCCUAGCGAAGAGGAGAGCCAGCGGGGAUUCAACGUCCAACACAUUUGCACUAAGGGCGAUUCUGCAGCGACGGAAACUCUUUCAAGAGUGCACUUCACUCAUGACGAAGAUUACGACUAUCAUCAUGGACAUUCUUCGCCUUUGAGGGGUAUAGCUCGUUAA